AUGCUCCAUCUAAAUUUUUUUAAUCACGAAAAAUCAGUCAAAAGGAGACAAUGGAUUUUUUUAAAUGUGUUCAUAAAAAUAAAAAUUUUCCUUUUAUGCAUACUUUUUGUGCUGUUGAAGAAUGAGGAUAAUGUAGGCCAAAUAAGUGAGAGACUCGGCCGGGAAGAUGUGUGCUCCAUGGGGUUCUGUCCUCUUGGAGGGAACGAAAAAAACGGUGAUUUGAAAAUAAGCAAAGUGAGAAGAAAACAAGGGGAGAAUAUGCAUUUUUCAGGUGCAGCACGUGUCAAUACUAGCACUACUUACGAUGAUAUGUCCCGUUUAAACGUGUUUGAAGAUGUAUACAACCUUUUUUGCAGAGCAAAUUUUGUUAAUGAGAAGUAUUUGGUUCUGUUUGGGUGUUAUGGUAAGAGGGCGGCAUACAACCGAAGGGGACACAUUUCCAGAGUACUGCGCGAAAGGGUAAAAAGGAAGGCGUACAAUGAAAAUGGAUUGGAAAAUACAGAAUUCAGUGUGGACGCACGGGGCGAAAACGAAGGUGAAGAUGAUGAAAAUAGGAACCAACUACCGUCUGCGUCGAAUGAGGUAUCCGAAGGAAUGGUUUUCUUCUGUUUUAUUUUUAUAUCGGCAACUAUGCUGCAAUUUAUCCUUUCCAAAGUAGACAAGCUGAACAUCCCUGUGUCAGUAAUAUGGUUUCUGUAUGGAAUGUGCACCUACGUGAUAGCAAAAAAUUUUAACAUGUUUGAAGAGAACGCUUUACAUAAGUCUAUUAUCAACGCGAGGAAUAUUGAUUCUUCCGUUCUUUACUUUGUUCUGUUGCCAAUUUUGCUAUAUGAAGCCACGCAAGACAUAAAUUAUUACGCCUUUAAGAAUUUUCUCUACGGUGGAAUAGGAUUAGCAGUAAUAGGGGUAGCACUACAAGUAGGCAUACUGGGUAUUUUGUUUUACUAUUCCUUUAUGUAUAGGCAGGAGCAGUCCCCCCUAAGUAGCAGUUUUUUAUUGGCCUCCAUUUUAUCGUCAACGGAUCCCGUGGCAGUUCUGUCUAUCUUAUCAGUAGUGGAUGCUCCGUCAAAAAUAAGUUCCAUGUUCCAUGUGGAGUCGUUAAUAAACGAUGGAAGUUCUGUAUUACUAUUUCAGUUUUUUUUUUAUUUAACUAUAGGAUAUAAGGCGAACGCAUCUCAGUACGUGAUUCUGUUUGUUAAGUUACUAUUUUUAAGUCCUGUAUUUGGCAUAGGGAUGGCUAUGUUAACAUUUGCGUGGAUAAAUUUGUAUAGAAAAUAUUAUUACAAUCAGUGUCUAGCGACGAUAACUAUGUGUUACUUGUGUUACUUUGUGUCUGAGUAUUACUUUAACUUAUCUGGCCCGUUGGCAAUCGUUUGUUAUGGAUUAUUUAUUAAUGCGUAUGGCCAUAUUGCCCUGGAUGAAGUGGCACAGAGAAAGCACAAAGAAAUUGUGGAGCUUCUGGCCCUCAUGGGGAAUUCGAGCAUUUUCAUCAUAUCAGGAAUAGUCUCCUUUGGGAUGAUGGAAAAUGUAUUCAAGGAUAACCUAUACUUUUUUAUGUAUAUCGUAUUGACAUAUAUUUAUUUAGUAUUAGCAAGGACGAUAAUGAUUCUGAUAUUUACACCUUUUUUGUCAAGAAUUGGAUACCCUAUAAAUUGGAAGGAAAUAUUGCUCCUUAUUUGGGGGGGAUUACGAGGGGGUAUCGUGCUAGUACUCGGAUUACGAAUAGAAGCAGAAAAUAAAAUCAACGACAAAUUGACCAAGGAGUUGGCUUACUACAUUAGUGGUAGUGUAUUACUAAUAUUGACCAUUCAGGGGUUGACUUUUGAGUGUUUGUACAAAAUGUUAAACAUUUACCCACCCAAUCCGUUUAGAAUUGUUUACCUAGAGAAGGUACUAAAAAUGAUAGAUUACAAUUUCUACAUUAGGAAGAAAAACUUAAAAAAUUAUUGGCUCUUUAAGGGUACAAAUAUACUUCACUUUUCCAGCAAAAUUGUGCCCGAAUUGUACUGGAGGAAAAUGAACAAAUAUGGAGAGUUCGAUUUGAGGUUGCCUGAUAUUUAUGCUUGUCUGCAGGAUAUAAGUUCGUGCGAUAUUUCCAUUUGGGAACGUGCCUACGAUUCGCAGACAGUGAUCGAAAGUUUCGAUGACGUUUCUUCCUACGGGAAGGGGAGCUUUCCUAUCAAGAACGACGAUAAGGGAAAGCCAGGGGGGGAGAAAAAAGGUGACAAUAAAAAUUCGGCACAUUCCUCCAUCGGUAGAAGGAUUCUACAAAAGAACGAACUGUCAAGUAUUACAAAGAAUGACACCCUGAAUGGGAUUGGCACAUCGAAUGAGAGGAAUGCACAAACCUAUGGAGGAAAGGAAAAUCCAAAUUGUCGGAAGAAGAAAAGUAUAUACGAAGAGGUGAAAUGGAAAAACAGCAAUUUUACCGACAUCGAAUAUGAAGAUAACAGUGAUGAAUACAGCUACAUAAAUAACGAUGAGAGUAAUAACAGGAAGAAAAAAAAAAGUGAAAAAAUAAAAAUGAGCAACAAUGCCAGUAGGAGACACCGAGUAGGGGAAUUCAUCUCCAGAGGAAAAACAAGCUUCGAUAAUUUUUCGAACAAAGGAGAACUGAAAAUAAAUAUCAUCCGAAAUAAUGAUAACUAUUUCAGUAGUAACGAUGAAGACGAACAUAAUUACACAAAUGUAAACUAUUCAUUGUCAUCCAAGAAUUUGGAUAAGCUCAGUAACCAUCUGAUUGAACUCUCCGAUAACGAAUCAAGCUACACAGAUAAGGUGUGUGAAAACAGGAAAAUAAAAAACUUGAAUGCUUUUAACUAUGAUAAGAUUUCCAUAAGGACGUAUGACCGGCUAAUUAACAAAAUGAAUUAUCGAGAAUUUAAGAGAACCAGAACGGAGAAAGAAAACUUUACUGUCAUCGAUAGUAUCGUUGAUAACAAGAAUGAGGAGACGUUCAAUCCAAAGUACAAUCUGAGGCUAAUUGAACACGCCACCGAUUUACCCAAAACUUUGAGUGACAAUUUUCUUGUUAAGAGCAGUGUAGAAAAUGAGAAUGGCAGUAAUGGAGAUCUUAAAGGUUUGGUGCAAGAUUCCAGCGAGAAGGAAAAGAGGAAGAAAAAAAACAUUUUAAAUUUUUUGAACGACCAAGCUGGGGUGAAGGAGGGCAAUCUGGGAAAAGAAACCGAUUCGGUGAAGGAAGCUGAGGUGGGGAAAAAUGCAGAGGGUGUGAAGCAAUCCGUGCAGCAGGAUAAUACCAUCCCUGGAGAGGAGAACCUAAUAAAAAAUAUAAACUAUGGUAACAUCACAAAGAAGGACGAAAAUUUGCUAAACAACUACAAAGAUUUGAAAAAGAUCGUAGAGGGAACUAAUGAGGACACACCUGGUUUAACUAAGGCAGAUCAAGGGGAAAAUGAGUUACUAAUGAGCGAUAAUUUUAUUAUAAAAAUUCAGAAGGAAAAAUCGCAUGAAUGUGGGGAGGAUCAGGAGAAGGAGAGUGUGCACAGCGAAAGGGGAGAAGGAGAUGAAAAUGAUAUAGAAGAAAAAGACGAUCAAGCAGAGGAAGAAGAAGGAGGCAUUAAAAACCUAAUCACAUGUGUGACAAAUGAGGAGGGUAACGUGGUGGAUGAUAUAAUAAAUUAUGACGCUGGGGAGAACAAAAAUAACGAACAUAAUUUUGAGGAAUAUUUAACAUAUAAAAAUUUGUUCGCCAUGGACAGCGAUGGGAAGAGAAUAUCGUCCUUCUUUAACAAGAAUUUUGAUAAGAAGAGUUCUGCAAAGAUCGGGGUGAAGAACCCAUCGGAAGUCAACAUUUCCACCAAGGGAACUAACAGCAAAACUUUGAUGUUAAUGAAUAGUGAAAUUGAGAAAAGGAAAAGGAUGAAAAAUGUUAAUAAUAAGUCGAGAUGCGGCUCAUGCACAGGUGUGUUUGAUUUUAGCAUAUCCCCAAGAACAAGAAGGGAUAGUAAUCUCAGCGCGUUAAAAAGGAAGGGCAGUAAAGGAGGAAAACGUAAAAAAGGAGAUAACCAUAUUUGCGAUGAUCAUGAGAGUGAGGACUUCCACCAUGGAGGAAGCCAACAAAUGGAGGUAAGUCGAAUUAACUCCACUGGAAAAGCAGGCAAUGAUAACCCUGUCAGUAACAAUAACAACAAUAGUGGGGAUUUCCUCGAGGGAGGAAAGGGAAUCCCCAAAGUGCCACGAAAUAACACAACAGACUUCGCUACAAAGAGGUAUGACACAGAUCAGACGAUAAAUUUCGAAUGUAUUGAAGAUGUGUGUCAGAAGAAACAUAUGGCUACUUUUUACAGCUUUUUAAAAAGACCUAAAAUGAAAAUAAAAAAUAAAUUAUUCAGCGAAAUAAGAAGGGCAAGAAGUCACGAAAGUUACGGUAAUAGUAAAGAUAAAUCAGGGAAGUCGAAAGAUGACGUUUUUUACAGCUCACUCAAAAAAAAAAUUGUUCGAAAGGAAAGGGAGGGGGAACUCUACAUUAUGAUAUUUAAUACUUGUAGGGAAUUAUAUAAAAAGUUGUACGUAAAUGGCUUCAUCUCGGGGGAAUGUCUACUAACCCUUACGUCCAUUUUAGAUUUGUCUGCCGAUUUUGCCUUGAAAAAGGUGCGAAUGAACCCAAUUAAAGCAUGGGCAGAUGCAUUUGACAAGAGCAAAAACAAAAAUAGCAACAAAAGGAGGAGGAGCAUUGACCACAGGAAUGGGUUUGAAUACGAAUUUAACGUGCUGUUAUCAAAACUGAAAAUUAAUACAAAGCAUUCAUUUUUCUUCUCACCCAAAGUGGUAAAUAUAUUUCUUGUGUAUGAACACUGCAUGAAGGACCUGCAGAUUAUUCUCUCCUACGUGGACGUUCACCAGUGCACGCUGGAUAAGGGGGGAAUUACUAUGAAGUUACUGCUUGGGAAGAACUUGCUCAGGAGCUACUACAGGAAUAUAGAGCUCGCCAAGAGUCUUAUACCGCACCUGGUGAAUAAGUACAAGGACGUCGUCAAGUACUGCCUCAUUAAAAUAGGCGCUGACAUGCUCAUGCAUUUGAAGAAGACGAUCGUUAAUGAGCAAGCUGCCAACGGAUUGUUACUAACCCAUGACAACGAAAAAUUGAAUGGCAUUUUCGAUGAGCAGCAAAUAAAAAUUAAUAGAUACAGGCCAUAUUUGCAUUAUUUUCUAAAAAAGAACAUGUUUAAGAUGAUUAUAAAGUAG